AUGACGGAGGAACACACUCAAUCUUCCGGUCUCUUGUAUCUCCAUCCAAGCGAAAGUCCUGCAAUUUCUCUCGUUUCCCCUCUCCUAGAAUCCAACAAUUAUCAUGCUUGGAGCAAAUCAAUGUACACAGCCUUAAGUGCGAAGAACAAGGUUCAGUUUAUUGACGGUACUGCUACUCCACCGCAAAAGGAAGCCGAUUCUUAUCACGCAUGGACAAGAUGCAACAACAUGGUGGUCUCGUGGCUCGUACACUCUGUAUCUCCGGACAUACGUCGUAGUAUCCUCUGGAUGGACAACGCCCAAGCCAUUUGGGACGACCUAAAAUCAAGAUUCUUCCAAGGAGAUCUCUUACGUAUUUCUAAAUUGCAAAACGAAGCCGCCGCUCUAAAACAAGGGGAAAGCACUGUGACAGAGUAUUUUACCAAGCUGCGCAUAAUCUGGGAUGAGCUCGACAACUUUCGUCCUGAGCCAACCUGUUCCUGUGAAGUCAAGUGCUCUUGCAAACGUACUUCAACAAUUACUCAAAGAAAGAAUGAGGAUCGGAUUCUACAAUUUCUUCGCGGACUGAAUGAACAAUACGGUAACAUUCAGUCUCACGUUUUAUUAAUGGAUCCUAUGCCUCCCAUCUCGAAAAUCUUUUCCUAUGUUGUACAGCAAGAAAGACAGGUUAUGAGCAAUAAUUUUCUCAAUGGGCUGGAAGUUAAACAUGUUGUCGCUGUUGGUAUUGUCACCUGUUCCUAUUGUGGCAAGAAUGGUCACAAUGAAUCGGUUUGCUUCAAGAAACAUGGAUUUCCUGCUAACAAAAAUACCACUGGUAAGAAGAUUUGCUCCCAUUGUGGCAAAAUCGGACAUACCAUUGAAGUCUGCUACAGGAAACAUGGGUUUCCUCCAGGUCAUAAACUUCACAAUGGAAAAAGUUUCAUGACUACAAAUCAAGAUACCAAGUCUGCAGAUGCCAUUGAUCAAGAGGUCCGCUUGACACAACAGCAGUAUCAAGCUCUCAUGGCCCUUAUCAAGCCCUCUAAUGACACAGGAGCCCCCAUCCACUAA